GAUGGUACAGUUGAUAGCCACUCAUUGACAAAAGGUUCUAGAAAUUUUAAUCCACUUGUACUGCUAAUACCAGCAUGCUGUGAUUUAAUAUCAACCUCGACAAUGUACGUUGGUCUGUCAAUGACACAAGCAAGUAGUUUUCAAAUGUUACGUGGUUCAGUUAUUGUAUUUACUGGUAUAUUAUCUGUUGGUUUUCUUGAGAGAAAACUUGGUGGCAGAGAAUGGACUGGAAUAUCACUUGUUAUUGUUGGUCUUUUGUUUGUUGGAGUAAGUGAUCUUACAACAACUGACAAAGAUUCACCAGGAUUAAAUUCAGUUGUAACUGGAGAUUUAUUAAUAAUUUGUGCUCAGGUUGUAACUGCAGUACAAAUAGUUGUUGAAGAAAAAUUUGUAUCUGGUUUGGAAAUUCCACCACUGCAGGCAGUUGGUUGGGAAGGAGUUUUUGGUUUUAUUGGAAUUAUUUUAUUGAUGAUACCAUUGAAUUAUAUUCAUGCUGGUCCACCAUUUGGUGAUAAUUCUCAAGGAACAAUUGAAGCAUCACUUGAUGCACUUGUUCAAAUUGAAAACAGUGGAAGAUUAUUCAUGGCUGUUAUUGGUAUCACAGUUAGUAUUGCAUUUUUUAAUUAUGUUGGAUUAAGUGUUACACAACAAAUGUCGUCAACUACUCGAAUGGUUCUUGACCACGUAUAA